AUGUGGCCAUCUGACGAACUUCACUCAAAUACCGACUCUCACAGUCAAGCUUGGCCGGUCAAUCACCAAGGCAUUCUAGAUGCUACUGUUUAUGAUCUCCAGAAUAUCAAUUCGCAGUUCUUCUACAUAGACGAGAUGAUGCAACUACCCAAUGCGGGUGAAGAUCCCCUGCCUGAUCUUGUCGGAAUCGAGGACCAAAUCAUGCAAGGGGUAGACAUAAACCUCCAAGGACAUGAAACCGGUCUACCGAGUGACAGCCAUAGGGCUUCCCACCUUACGUUGGUACAAAAUAGCGGUUGCGGGACCAUCGAUUACCCAUCACGCGAAGCCGCCAACAACGGCAAGGGAAUGCCAGCGCUCAGCAAAUUCUCGUUGAAUUUCGAUUAUGACGGCGGCCAUAUGCAGGGGGAUCAGGUAGAACAUGAUGCUUUUGAAAACACGAACUCUCGGUACGAUGGCGGUAAUGAAAGCCACCCAGGUCCAACUGCCUCCAGCUACGAAGUCUUUUCUUGUGCAGUAAACAGCCUGAGGUCUGAAAUUACUCAGAGACUUGAACCAUUAUCACAGAUCGGCUACAUACUCGAGAGGCUGGAUGGUUUGGAUCAGAUCCUUGAACGAUUAUCAAAGAUCGACAACUUCCUCGAGAGGAUGGAUGGUUUGGAUCCGAUCAUUGAACAUCUACCAAAGAUCGAUUGCUUUUUCGAGAGAAUUGACGGUGUUGAAGAGGUGAUGCGUAAGAUGAUUCAAUGCGAGGAAGCGGUGUUGGACAAGUUUGACACCUGA